GCAAACAACAAUGGAAUAUUACGAUAAAAUACGCAUUGUUGUUAUAGGAGAUUCUGGUGUGGGAAAAACUAGUCUCGUGCAUAUACUUUGCCAUAAUGAGGCAUUGCGAAAUCCGGCUUGGACGAUUGGUUGCUCCGUCGACGUAAAAAUCCAUACUCAUUCACGCAGUUGUAAAUCAUAUUUUGUGGAAUUUGUUGAUGUUGGCGGUUCAUCAAAGCACAAGUCUGUUCGUAAUGUGCUUUAUCAUCAAAUUAAUGGAAUAAUGCUAGUUCAUGACGUUAGCAAUAAGAAAUCCUAUUACAAUUUGUGGAAAUGGAUUGCUGAAGUUAUCUACUCGGACGCUUAUAAAGAAAGUGAAAGG